CCCACUCCGGCCCUGGCCGCUUUACGACGUGCCGCCCGCUCGCUUUACGGCAGCGCCCGGCAACCGGCCGGCGCCGAGGCGGCAGCUGCUUCGAAACCCAGGCUCUGCCUCGCAUCAGGAGCCCCAGCCGGUCACGGAGCCCCAGCUGGGGCCGGCAGCCGCGGCCCCCUCGUCCCGCUGCGGCGACCCGGAGAUGCGAGGACGGCGGCCGCCUACGGGACCUGUGUAAGAGCGCGGCCUUGUCGGCUUCUGAAGUUUCCUGGAGCGCAGCGGCCCCUACCCGCGCAGGAUGGACCCUGUUGUUCUCAGCUACAUGGACAGCUUGCUGCGGCAGUCAGACCUUGCCUUGCUGGAGCCCCCGAACUGGCUUAAUGAUCACAUCAUUGGCUUUGCCUUUGAGUACUUUGCCAGCGACCAGUUCCAAGAAUUUAGCGAUCAGGUUUGCUUUAUCAGCCCCGAAGUGGCUCAGUUCAUCAAAUGUGCCCUUAGCCAGGAAGAAAUAGCCAUAUUCCUCCAACCGCUAGACCUUCUCCACAAGAAGCUGGUGUUCUUGCCCAUCAACGACAACUCCAACCAGGCUGCUGGGGGCACGCACUGGAGCCUACUGGUUUACUUCAGGGACAAAAAGUGCUUCGCCCACUAUGAUUCCCACAGUAAGUGCAACUCUGUCCACGCCAAGCAAGUGGCGGGGAAGCUGGAAGCCUUUUUGGGCAAAAAAGGGGGCAAAGCGACCUUCAUGGAGGAGAAGGCGCCGGCCCAGCAGAACAGCUAUGACUGUGGGAUGUACGUGAUCUGUAACGCUGAGGCUCUGUGCCAGGGAUACUUCAGGGGCCACCAGGAGCCUUUGCUGCAGCUCCUUACCCCCUCCUACAUCACGCAGAAGAGAGCAGACUGGAAAGCCCUCAUCACCAAGCUCGCCCAGAAGUGAUGCUCGUCCCCACCACCGCCUCUCCUGUCCGCAGUCACCGCCCCCAGUGCCUGAGGGAGGUGCCCACGUGCAGGAUUUUCCCCAAAGAAGAAUGUAACCCCUCCAGCACUGCCACAACCCGCAGUGCCCUCCUCCCAAAGCCUUAGUCUCCUCUGGAAAUCGCUGGCCUUUGAACUUCCCACCAGUAAAGCCCCUUUGCUUUCAAAGGAAUCCUCCUGAUUUAUUUAUUUAUUUAUUUUUCACUAAUUGCUGUGGCAAAGUGAGGUGCUAAAGAUAGUUCUCCACCUCUGCCCAGCAGGCAACACGCCCUCGUUAGAUGGCUUUAAUUAGCUGUGGGCAUUGCUCUUCUGGCCAGGUUUAGCAAUCCCCUUUAAAACCAAGCCCAAAACACUUUGUUAUGGACUUCGCUAAUUGGUGCCUACAGCUCAGUGUGUUUGAGAAGCCUAGGAUUUAGCAGCAAGGCUGCAGAAUGCCUGACGCUGAGAUGAUUGUGUCAAGUAGUGAGACUCACAAGAGAAUGCUGUGAUUAAUUAAAGAUUGGGGCAGGAAAAAAAAAAAAAAGUGUUCUUCAGGUAGGUGCUCUUAGGCCACCUGAAGGUUGCCUUUUUUGUUUUUUCUCCCCCUUCCCCACCCCCGCCUGCUCUGAUUACAAAUUAAAGCCUGACUGAGCUGCUGGAAGAUUAAUAGGAAGCUGAGAAAACAAAUCCUAGAAAAGGAAACUUAAUUGAGAUGGAAAGUGACACUCAGGCUUUGAAGUUUCUUUUCUCAUUAGAAUUUUAGGUCAUCUCCGUUUGGCGGGGAGGGCUCUGCAGUGCUCCCUAACUCUUGUUAUCAUUUGCUGGGUUUUCUCCAGCACAAAACCAGUUCUUGCAUUACUCCAGACAAAAAAAAAACAUACCAGGGAGAACAAAGGGGCAGAAUUUGAGGUAUAAAAGCCAAAGAUAAGUGCGGUCUCCUUGAAGCUCAAGAUUCAGUCCUUAAUGUACUUCUCUCACGGUCGGCCUACACGAAACACACUUCUCCAGUGCUGGACUCCAAAUGGGAUCUAAGAGCAGAUCCUAUUAGUAAGAGACAGGACUGGCAGUGGGAAAGCAAACAAGAUGGUGUUGCAGGAUAAGGAAUAAUCUAUAACCUCUUGAGAAACGAGGAGCCAGUUGUUCGGGUGGUGUCUGGCAGAGCAACCACACCCCUGGUGCCAACUGGAUCAGGGAAAUCCAGGAUAAAAAUAACCCGCGGAAUAGUGAGGGAUUGUUUUCAACCUGCAACUCCUCACCCGGCUCAUCCGCAGCCCAGCCCCACAAGUGCUGGUUCCAGCACAGAGUACGGCCAACUGUAGGAUGAGGCGGAAACAUCAAUUUCCCUUGUUUUUAAGAAAAAGGUAAGUAGACACAGCCUCGCAGGCUCCUCCAGAACCUAAGCAAACCAUCGCAGACAGCAGUGGGGUGAAACGAGGCUCUGAGUUGAUACUGACAGCAAGCAGCCAGCAGCACGGGGCUCUCCUCCCAGCACCAGCCCUCCCUGGAAAAGCACCUCCAUCACUCAGACAAAUCCAAAACCACGAAAGUUGCCCAAAAGGGAACCAAGUUGCUUGCCGAGGGGAUUUCUUUUUGAGCAUGGGACCCGUGUGGCUGAGAUGAAGCUACACCACUGCCACCAAGGCUGAGCGUGCCAUUACCCAGGUGUGACACCUCCACGCCCCACCGCCUGCCCCGCAGCGCUGAGUGCAGACAAUCACCGCUCAGAGACUGCAGACGAGCUGCUCACCGAAUGCAAACAAAUACUUCUGUCUGUGCUGUGACAACGUUAACUCCCUCAUCUACCUCCCUGCCCAAGCAAGAGGAGGGAGUGAAGGAAGAAAACGCCUCCUGGGUCCCCCUUCUUCCUGGGGGAACCAUGAAUAAAAUUUAAUUUAAGCCCU